AUGGACCCAAGACUGGAUCAUUCUAGCUUGGGAAAGCCAUGGAGUGGCAUCGCGGUGGCGCAUGGCGAUCAUGCGAUUCGGUUGGGGGCUCAUGCCCAGGAGGUGCUCUGGUGGGGCAGCGCAUUGCCUGAUCAGAAGAUGGCCAUCUAUGACGCUAGAGUUUCUAGCGGUGGAGCCCACUUUGUGCUGGAGCUCGCAGAGUACACGAAGGUGGUCUACAUCCCUGAGGAUGACGAGGUUGACAUGUUCAAGUUCAAAGAGGUCACGGCAGGUGUGGGGGGCAUCGGAAUGGCCGCAAAGCAUUUGGGGUUUCAAUGCUUGGCCCUGAUGGACAUCAACCAGAUGGUUUGUGAAACUUUGGCAGCCAAUGGGCAUUACAAUGUCAUCCAAGGAGAUGUAUUGAUCCCGCAGGAUAGAUUUCGCUUGCAUGAGUGUCACAAUGCGAAGCGUGGAUGGCUGUUCAGUGGUUUCCCGUGUCAACCUCUAUCGACACAAGGGGAUCAAAAAGGUGAACAUGAUGAACGUGCCAAGGUGUUCUUCGCAGUGAUCAAGACAGCUUGGGAACAGCAGGUGAAGGGACUGCUACUGGAAUGUGUUCCAGCAGCACUCACGGCCCCUUUCGUGCAGAAUACAUUGCAACAACUUGGUUGGAGUCUUGGUUUGGAGAUCUGCCAAACCACUUUGACUUUGAGCAAUUUUUGGCCGAACAAAAGGACGCGAUGGUGGGCAUUGCUUGUUCCCAAGAUCUACUCAGUGGGUCACAUCAGCAACCUUCCUAUGGACACCUAUUUCCAGCACUUGCAGGACAUCUUUGCUCGGUGGCCGAUUUGGUCUGAUGAAGAAGAGCGCGAACUCGAAGUUUCGGAUUUGGAGCUUGAGAUGUUCCACAACAAAGCCUAUGGAAGUGAUGUACGACUACUACAAGUCAACCAGCCGGCAAUGUGGGUGCUUGGACAUUUCCUCGAUUCUCUUGGAAUCAAUCAGUAUGGCAGCACAUUGGGUGCACUGAAAUCAUACCAGCAGCACCUCAUGCGAGAGGCUCAUGGCAGGUUUCAGUUUGAUUUGAAGCCUUUUGACACGAUGGUGUUCGCAGAACAGAAUGACCCGCCUAUUCCUCUCAAGGUGACGCCAGGUGAAACCAUCAGCUCACUUUGCCAAGCUGAAUCCAAAUUACUGGAACCAGGCUGGCAUGUUGCGGUCCAUGAUGAUCAAGGAACUCUGGCUAAAGAAUCCAAACUUCAGGUAGCUCCUCUUGUGGGCAACUACCGGUUGGAAACCAGACUCAAGAAACAGAAAAAAGAAUGCGAGAAAGGUGUCAUUCAACUCAAUUUCCUGAUCGGAGUGGGUCAAGAAGUGAAGAUGGUGGGUGGCAGAUUCAUUGCAGGAACAUUUCUGUUUGAAGCGGCAGCAUCGUUGGGCCUAUCAGGAAAUCAUCUUUUACAAGAUGCGCACGGAGCACUUCAUGGGCUUGAUGAGAGAGCCUGGAGCAGCAUGUUGCUGACAGGUCUGAACAUGUUUCAAGCCGAAGGCAUUGCUAUCACCACACCAAUUGGAGGUCUUUCAGAUUUUUGUCUUGAUGUCAUGGCAACAUGGCUCAUUCGGCAAGCCUCCAAAGAACGGUCAUGCUUUUGGAUGCCAGCUGCAAUGGCCACAGUAUGGUUUCAUGAUGGCAGUGACAAUUGGUUGGAUCACUGGGCACUUGCUGCAUUGCAUGGAAGGUUGUUCAUGGCAAUUGCCAUCAACAGGCAUUGGAUUCUCCUUGAAGCCUUCUAUCAGCAUGGACUACUGCAAGUGAUCUACAUGGAUGGACAAGAACAUCAAGAAGAUGCCGCUAUUCUGCAGUUUGCAGUACGGCUCGGCAAGUUGGUCAUGAUCGCACCGGUCAGUUUGACAAAAAAUCAACUUUUUCCCCAGCUUAGCUGUCAGACAUGUGGCACUGUUGCCCUUCUGCAUCUUGGAGAGAGGCUUGGACUGUGGACAGAUGUACAGCAUCCCGAUGAGCUUGACUGGCAUCGUUACCUUUUUCAGUUCUUUCCGGAGGGCAUCCUCACAGCAGAGGGCAAGGGUGGUCAAACAGAUGAUCGAGAUCUUGUUUGGAUGCUUCGAGACAUUUUGCGUGAGCACGGAGUUCCAGAUGAUCGCACAGAAGAACGAGCCAGAGCUGCGCUGGACAAGAUUGGAGCAACUCGCUUACGAGAUGCAGUUCAGAGCAGGAACCCUUGGCAAGCACUUAAAGCCUUGGGAUCACAACCUCGUGUGAAUUUCAUGUUUGUCAAGCCAGAUGAACUGGAGCGCCAGAUUCGUCAGCGAGCUCAAUCAAAGUUCAAGGUUCACUCCGCAGACAAGAAGAACAAGGUGGCGAAACCCAAAUUGGAAGGCAGCGACGUUGAUCCCUCACAGUUGAAGCUGAUCGAGGACACCUUCAUCUUGCAGGACAAGGACACUCCAGUGCAGCAGCUGCAGAUGAGCGAAGUGGCCACGCACAGAGCCGGUUUGGCGUUUGGAAGGAUUGCAGAAGUCCUGCCAUUCAUUCGUGAAGGUAAGUCACUGUCGUUGGAUGGCCUUGCAGUGUUAACCACUAGCAAGAUUCCGCCUUCUGAACAAGGUCUCCUACCAGUUAUCAAUCUCAAGUUCCCAGCAAUCUACGUUCCCACUCAGGAGCCCAUCUUGCUUGAAGGAUCAUUGGUCAACUUGGGAGACCUCACCAUUGUCAGGAAGCAGGAGAUGGAGCUGAUUGAGACGGUCUCCAUUGGAACAGGAGUACUCAAGCUGACCCAGUACAAAGAUGAAUGGACACAAGACUGGGCGUCGCUUCUCAAAGCACCAUUGAAAACGAUCCUUCAACAGCAUCCACUUUUCACCGUUUGCAGUGGACAGAGAUGUGGUGGCAAUUGCCCCAGAUAUCAUCCUCCAGUCGAUGUGGAACUGGAAGCGGUGGUUCUGGAUGUAUGGGCAAGAGCAUGGCUUUCUUUGCGUGGGAAAAGGGUGGAUCAGGAGAAUGCAGACCUGUUUCAGGUAUUGAUUAGAGUUCCAGAAUGCUUGGUGAAGCCUUUGCAGCGGCUCAGCGGCACAGCUGGGCUGUACAUUGAGCCCAGACAGUCAGAGGGCAAAGGAGCAGAUCAGAACUCCUCAGUUAUCUGGCUCCCCAACUGCAAUUUGGCUGAAGCGCAACACAAAAUGAAGAUCACAGAGCAUGCUUGUGCCAUUGCCAGGUUUGGAGGAAGGUACGGCAUCAGAGUCCCAGCUCGGGAGGCUGAGCACAUCCACUCCCAGCUGAACCCGGAGGUCCCAUUUGCCAGCUUUGAAGUUCACAAGACGUUUGAGUUAAGGCCUCUCCCACAUGGCACACAACGACUUGGGGUGUUGAGUAUGUUGAAAGCCUGGGGGUGGAAAGCUCGGCCGUUGCAGCCAUGCAAAGCUGACAGCAAUGGUAUGGGGUGGAUCGUAGGGGCGGCUGAAGACCCUCCCAGCAUGAUUAUCCCUACAAAGGCAGGAGACGUCAUGAUCUCAUUGCACAAGGCGCAUGGGGAUGGAGAAGGUGGAAGCACAUUGACGUCCUCGGCAAGAACGCAAGGAUAUCUGAGGAAGCAACAGAAGGAGGAGAGGAAAGGAGUGCCACCAAGUCAAGGGCACAGCAAAGCACAGGCAUCUUCGUCUGUCAUGGUCACCAGCGAGGCGGAUCCAUGGAUCGGCAAUGAUCCCUGGGGAGGUUGGAGGAGCACGCCACCCAAUCAGGAUGAGCCAAUGCACGUGAAGGCGAUGGCUGAAUCACUUGAGGAGAGGGUCACAACGGGUGUCAUGUCGGCCAAUGAGGAGCGUUUUCAAAAGCUUGAGGUGGACAUUGCUGAGAUCAGACAGCAGAAUCGGAAACAUGAACAAUGGUUUCAAGAAGCGGGUGCAGCCAACCAAAGAUUGCAAACCCAGGUGGGCACUUUGUCCACACAGUUGGCCCAGAAUCAGCAGGAAGUCACGUCGCUUUCGGCGGAGAUCAAGAUGGGAUUCCAGUCGAUGGAGGCAUUGCUCUCCAAAAAGCAGAGGACUGACUGUUGA